AUGUACGCAUAUGUAUCCGAUGAUGUGCUUGAAAUUGUACUUAUUGAGAUGAUGAUGAUUUAUUUUGAUUGUUAUUUUCCAAUAGAAUCUGUUGAUGUGUGUCCUAAUAUCAAUGGUAGUCGGUCACUCUGGUUGAUUACAUUUGGAAAUGGUUCAGAGAAGCUUUCUAACAGUGUACCCUCCCAUAUCAAUUUCACAACGACAUAUAAACCAACGAAAGACGUCGAAAAUAUAGAUGUCGGGCAGUUUAUUUUGAUAAAUACAGUACCAAGCGUUUCGUAUACUAGUUGGCAUGUUGGAGCGAAGGACCAUACAUUAAAUGAUAGUAAGGGGUACAUGAUGAUAGUCAAUGUGGCUUCCUCUGGACCCAGCAAGCUAUUUGAGAUCACUGUGGAUCGCCUUUAUAUGGGAUUGCGAUAUGAAUUUUCCGCUUAUUUGGCAAAUGUAAAUAAACAGGGAGCAAGUCAAAAAAGCCCAAAUGUUUGGUUCCAAGCACGUGCAGCAACAGGCAAUCAGCCAAUACUUAAUAAAUCAUCGACUGGCGAUUUGCCUGAACUGGCGAGUUUUACGUGGUCAAAACACACACUUCUGUUUAAAACGAAUACCAGUUCAGUGAUUUUGUCAAUGAUUCCAAAUGAUCACGGCGGUAAUGGGAGGAACCUAGCCAUUGACGACAUAGAAUUACGUGUUUGUUCAAAUAUAUCAUCCGAAUUUGUUCCAUUAGAAAAAGAGCUAACUACAACAGAACAUCAAGCAUCGUCGACGACAGCACAACAGACAAGGACAUCCCAACAUGAUACAACAAUGAAUAACCAAGAAAGUUCAACAAUUACCAUAUCGACAGAGACGUCGACUACGCAAGCGUCGGUUUCAACAACGUCCCCAACAACAAUGACUCCAGAUUCCAAAUCAACAUUUGUUCCUGAGCACUGUGGUGAUCCAUCGCAUAUCGGAUCGAAUUGCGAUAAACGGAAUAGUCCAUGUGACAUGAGAGAGCCAUGUCAAAAUAACAGUACAUGUGUGAACAAUAACACUGCGCUGCAUGGAUACAUUUGUGUAUGUCCACCUAACAUUACUGGUAUGCAUUGUGAACAUAAUCAUCGAUUCUGUAUGUCGCAUAUUUGUCUAAAUAACGGUGUGUGCAAUGAAACAUCACGGACAUGUGUGUGUUCCGAUGGGUGGGGAGGUGCACAUUGUGAAUGGAUGAUCAAUCUUUGCGAAAAAGAUAAAAUAACAUGUUCGAAGAAUGGUGUUUGCCGGCCAUUGUUAGUUAAUUACACAUGCGAAUGUUUCAGUAGUUAUUCUGGCCGACAUUGUGAACUCAUGGUAACGAAAAUUCGUAUUUUAAAAAUUGUUAGCAAAUCAGUUUCAUUCGUUGCCAUUCUUAUUCUUGUAAUUUUCAUUCUGUUUAUCGUUAUCAUGGAUGUCUUGAAAUAUUGUUUUGGUAUGGAUCUAACGCGUGAAGAAUUACAACGGUAUCGACGUGAAAAACAAGCAAGAAAACGAAAGCGUCCCGUUGUUCAACGAUUUACUUAUGUGGACAAACCGACAGCGAUGAAAGACACAUCAGUUUAA